ACCCUUUGCCCUAAUUUGCCUUGGCAGCGGCGGCACGUGGAGGUGAUUCCCGUCCUCUUCAUGCCUCUCUUCCUUCUCCGACGGGUCUUCCGACACUCGUCUGCCAGCGGCUGGCUCUCUCCUACCGCAGGAGGCCGUUGCUAGCACUGGUCGCCCGUGGGAGCUCGCACUUGGCGCUAGCAGGCCGCACCUGGCUCUGGCCGGCCGUGGGAGACCGCGCCUGGCACUGGCCGGCUGCGGGAGGCAGCGCUUGGUGCUAGCCGGCCGUGGGAGGCCCGCCUGGCGCUAGCCGGCCGCGGGAGGCCGCGCCUGGCGCAGGCCGGCCGCGGGAGGCCGCGCCUGGCGCAGGCCGGCCGCGAGAGGCCGCGCUUGGCCCUUGCCGACCGCGAGAGGCCGCCCCUGGCUCUAGCCGGCCGCCGGAUGCCGCGCCUAGCUCUUGGCUGGCGCGGGACGCCUACGGUGUAAUGGGCCUAGGGCAGUUUCCUGCGACGUAGAAGGUCAAGUUAGGGAUCACGGCGGUGACGCUGGUGCCGAUUCACGUGGUUGCAAGGGUGUUGAUACUCGUGCUUUACUACCUUAUCUUCCGGAUCUGCAUGCUGUUCUCGCCUCCGAGUCGGGAGAAUGGCCAGGAGGACUAUGCUCACAUGACGAGGUGGAGGAGGGUGGUAGUUGUGCGGUGCGGGAGAUUUGCCUCUAGAGCAAUGCUCUUUACGUUUGGUUUCUAUUGGAUCAAAGAGAGUCACAUGAGUCUCGACAAUGAGGUCGAUGAAUUUGAAAAGCCAUACGCGAUUGUCUCAAAUCACAUUUCUUAUGUGGAUAUUCUUUAUCAUAUGUCAUCAGCCUUUCUAAGUUUUGUUGCAAAGAGAUCAGUAGCUCAGCUUCCCUUAGUUGGUCUCAUCAGGAUUGGUCAGCCGCAAUGAUAAUCAAUGUCGGAGAAAAAAAAGAAUAUUCGAAGAAGAUGGAGAAGAUUUAGUGAUGUUUGGAUAUUUGUUGAUGUAUGGAUGGUUUAAAACUUCUUAUGAUAUUUGGAUUGUAUGGAUAUUAGACCUUUUUGAUGUAUGAAAUGUUUUGGAUUGUAUGGAUAUUAGAUGAUGUUUGUAUUUUGAUGUA